UCCAAAUUUAUAGGGUUUAUCAUUUUUGUCAUUUGCGUAGUAGUUGCGUUUCUCAUCUCUUUCAAACCGUCACUUUCUCUCACUCCUACCUUCUUCACUGCGCACGACUAUGGCGUCAAAUGGAGAAGAGCGCAGUCAUAUUCUCGACAAAAUCGAAGCAUUGAAAUCUCAAAAGAGUGAAAUUGAAGCUCAAAUUUCUUCUCUUGAAUCUCAGCUUCGAGAAACUUCUAUCAACAAACAACCUCUUUGUGACGGUUCUUGUCCUUCAAUCUCCGCCGUUGAUUCCAAUCUCAGCCGCCAUGGAUUACCAUCCGAUGCUAUUUACCGUUACAGUCGCCAUCUUUUACUCCCCUCUUUUGGUGUUCAUGGGCAGUCUAAUCUGUUGAAAUCAUCGAUGCUGGUUGUGGGAGCUGGAGGUUUGGGAUCACCUGCUCUUUUGUAUCUCGCAGCAUGUGGAGUCGGUCGAAUAGGUAUUGUUGAUCAUGAUGUAGUUGAGCUUAAUAAUAUGCAUAGGCAGGUUAUCCACACUGAAUCCUACAUUGGCAAGUCCAAAGUAGAAUCUGCUGCUGCUGCCUGUCGCGCGAUCAACUCGACUAUUGAGAUUGUUGAAUAUAGGGAAGCAUUACGAACAUCAAAUGCUUUGGAGAUCUUUAGCAAAUAUGAUUAUAUAAUUGAUGCGACGGACAACGUGCCAAGCCGGUACAUGAUUAAUGAUUGUUGUGUUGUAUUGAAAAAGCCACUUGUAUCAGGUGCCGCGCUAGGAUUGGAAGGGCAGCUGACUGUUUACAACUACAAAGGUGGCCCAUGCUAUCGGUGCCUAUUUCCAGCCCCGCCACCAGCAACAGCGUGUCAAAGAUGUGCUGACAGUGGUGUUCUUGGAGUCGUUCCUGGAAUUAUUGGGACUUUACAGGCCUUAGAGGCUAUAAAAAUAGCAAGUAAUGUUGGCGAUCCACUCUCUGGACGGAUGCUUAUAUUUGAUGCCUUGUCUGGAAGGAUUCGAGUGGUCAAAAUACGGGGACAAUCACCACAAUGUGAAGCCUGUGGAGAAAGAUCUACAUUCACCCCUGAAAAAUUUAGAGAAUUUGACUAUGAGAAGUUCACCCAGUUUCCUUUGUCAACGGCUCCACCCAAGUUGAAUCUCAUUUCAGCAGAUUCAAGAAUAAGUUGCAAGGAAUACAGUGAGAAAGUUGUCAAUGGAGAAGCACAUAUUUUAGUCGAUGUUCGACCUUCUCAUCAUUUUGACAUCAUAUCACUUCCAAAUUCAGUCAAUAUUCCACUCUCAACUUUGGAGACCCGAUUGCCAGAAAUUGCAGCGGCUUUGAAGGAAGAGGAAACACGUAAAGGCGUUUCAGGUGCUCAUUUAUACACAGUUUGCAGAAGAGGCAAUGACUCGCAGAGAGCUGUCCAUCUUCUACAUAAGCUUGGUUUCACCUCAGCAAAGGACAUUGUCGGGGGAUUGAGUUCUUGGGCACAGGAAGUUGAUCCUAAAUUUCCUGCUUACUAAUGGCAUGCACGCAUGCGAAAUCUUCUUGUGAUCUAGUUGUAGACAAUGUAUUUUUUUUUUUUUUUAUCCUGGUUCAAACCCUUGGAAAUUUGAACUUACAGUAUGAAACAGCUAAGUUGAACAACAUAAGUGUAACAAAAUACCUCAGAUUUUUUGAACUUAAAAAUGAUCCAUUGAUUUAAAGUUA